AUGGCAAAUCUUUCUGAAUUUCUUUUCAGAAGAGUCAUGGAAAAUGCCGAAUUUAAAGAUUACUUAAUCCCAAAAGGUUGGAGAGUAAUGGUAUGGCUAAGACAACUUCACAAUGAUCCAAACAACUUUGAUGAUCCUAUGUGUUUCAAUCCAGAUAGAUGGAAUACACGCCCAAAACAUGGUACAUACCUUCCAUUUGGAGGAGGUUUAAGAUCUUGUCCAGGAAGCAAGAUUAUUCGUCUAAUAAUGACCCUUUUCAUCCAUCAUUUGGCCAUCGGAUAUAAGUGGGAAAUGGUGAAUCCAAAUGUACCAAUCUCUUAUUUAUCACAUCCGUUGCCUGCCAAUGGCCUUGAGACUUCCAUGACUAAGCUCUAA